AUGGAGGAAAUUGGUAUCAUAGUCAAGACCGAGGAAUCCGCCCCAACUCUCCGUGAAACCAAAGAAAUUCUCGAAGAAUUAAGCGAAAAAGAUUUAUACACCAAACUCAAAAAACUCCAACGCCAUCUUGAAUUUCUCGAAUUGCAGGAAGAGUACAUAAAGGAUGAACAAAAGAACCUUAAGCGAGAGCUGAUCCGUGCUCAGGAGGAAGUAAAACGCAUCCAAUCCGUUCCGCUGGUUAUCGGACAGUUUCUCGAACCCAUCGAUCAGCAUACUGGUAUUGUUGGCUCGACGACAGGAUCGAAUUAUGUCGUACGAAUACUGAGCACUAUCGAUCGAGAGCUACUAAAACCGUCUUCGUCGGUGGCUUUGCAUCGUCAUUCGAAUUCCCUUGUCGACGUCUUACCCCCCGAAGCAGACAGCAGUAUCGCAAUGCUGGGUGCAGACGAGAAACCAGAUGUAACGUAUGCAGAUGUUGGUGGUCUUGAUAUCCAAAAACAGGAGAUUCGUGAAGCGGUUGAGCUUCCGUUGACGCAUUUUGACCUUUAUCGACAAAUUGGCAUCGAUCCUCCUCGUGGUGUUCUUCUCUAUGGUCCACCCGGAACGGGCAAGACUAUGCUUGUGAAAGCUGUUGCUCAUCAUACAACUGCCUCCUUUAUCCGUGUCGUGGGAUCCGAGUUUGUGCAAAAGUAUCUUGGAGAAGGUCCGAGAAUGGUUCGAGACGUGUUUAGGCUGGCUAGAGAAAAUUCACCAUCAAUUAUUUUUAUCGACGAGAUCGAUGCUAUUGCUACGAAGCGAUUUGAUGCGCAAACGGGUGCCGACAGAGAGGUGCAGAGGAUUUUGCUAGAGUUAUUGAAUCAGAUGGACGGGUUCGACCAGACGUCUAAUGUCAAGGUUAUUAUGGCAACAAACCGCGCCGACACUUUGGAUCCAGCGCUGCUUCGACCUGGUCGAUUAGAUCGAAAGAUUGAAUUUCCGACUCCUGAUCGACGACAGAAGAGAUUAAUCUUUUCCACAAUUACAGCAAAGAUGAAUCUCUCUGAAGAAGUUGAUUUAGAAGAUUUUGUCUCUCGGCCUGACAAACUCAGUGGAGCUGAGAUCCAUGCCAUAUGUCAGGAAGCUGGAAUGCAGGCAGUUCGCAAGAAUCGCUACGUGAUUUUGAGUAAAGAUCUCGAAAAAGGAUAUAAAUCCAAUGUAAAGAAAGCAGAUACGGACUUUGAAUUUUAUAAAUAA